AUGCUAUUGGUAUACGACUGCUCACUGACGUUGGGGAUGGAGAUUGAGUUUGUGUGGUCAUCGCCAUGGGGGUUUGUGAAUAUGCUUUAUAUCGUUCAGCGAUAUCUGCCUUUCUGUGACGCGAUUUUUCUCUGUCUGACUCACCAAUUGGCAGUAAACAUCGACCCAGAUAGCUGCCGUAUUGUUGAAAUGAUACGAGGAUGGUUGAUGAUUUUUGGCUUUAUUUUGUCCGAAGUAAUCUUGACCCUGCGCGUAUGGGCAGUAUGGAAACGAGAUCGACAUAUGGGUGUCUUUCUAAUAUCCCUAAUUACGCUCACAACCGUGGCGGAGAUAUAUGUGAUGAGAAUCUUCCUUCGCGACCUACAAUUUAGUACAAAGCCAUACCCAAAAUUUGUCGGUUGCUUUCUCACCAGUGCGAAUCACAUCCUGUACUUGGAUUGGGUUGUAUUCAUGAUUUACGACGCUAUAAUACUGGUCUUGAUGAUAAUUCCUGGAAUGGCUUCCUAUCGGCGAGGAGGGAGUGUUGAUCUGCAUCACGUCAUAUAUCGCGACGGAAUAAUAAUGUAUAUCUACCUUUUUGCCCUUUCAAUAGUCAACGUCGUAGUCGUGCGCGCGCUCUAUACAGAGUAUUUUGCGGUUAUCUCCUCGUACGUUUAUGUUCUGCCUCUACGUGCAAAAUGCCUGAUCAAGUCAAGUGUGGAACGCGUACUUCAUUCAUUGUUAACGAGUAGGGUCGUGCUCCAUAUUCGAGAAUACGCCAAAAGGCAUCGAUCAUCGUGUUCCGAUGGUCUUACGGACCUACACGUUGACCUGGAUGCUGGCCAACCAGAAAACCGAUUCCAAAAAUUAUGA